AUGCCGACCGUAGCAGGAAACGCCGAGAUUAAGUUUAAGCGAAGAUGCGAUCGAUUCAAAGUUGACCUACAAAGAGAAAUCGAUGUGCUCACAGCCCGCGAUGCAGUUUCACCUAUCCGACUGGCAUUGUCGGUUGACAAUCUCGCCAAUCUCAUUGCCGAGUUGAGUGUCAUUGAACGCGAUAAUGCUAUCAUGUGCAAGGAGAUGCCAAGGUGCCGUACAAUGAUGGCUUCACCUGGUUACUAUGCCCAGAAUUCUGGGUUCUCAGUGAACACUCGCAAGCUCAAGGAUCAUCUGGUUGUGCUGAAGGAGAAUCUAUUCAGCAAGCACAGUGACCGACACUGGACGUUCCGUCAGAUCGAGAGUUUACAGCGGUACUUGAUUCUUUAG